GUCCCUGGCUGCGCUGAGAGAAGUCAGAGCAGACGCGUUGUUGGAGGAGAAAGGAUACUCACCUGUUGAACGGCGGCAGCGGUCUGGUUUAAAGCCAUUUAAAAAAAAAAAAAUUCACUUGUGUUUGCUCUGAGAUUCUCAGAGUCUGAGCCCUCAGCAUGACGGACACUCUUUUACCAAACGGCAUCAAAGACAGCGGAGGGGACAGCGGUUAUUUCCGAAAGGGUUGUAACCCGUUCUCCCAGACUGGACGAAGCAAACUGCAGAAUAAGCGAGCCAGUCUGAACCAGCAGAUCAUCAAACAGAUGAGGAUGAGGGCUGGAGCUGAGAACCUGCUGAAGGCUACAUCUAACAACAAGGUUAAAGAGAUGGUUCUUUUGGAGUUGAGCUAUGUCAACUCCAACCUGCAGCUACUGAUGGGACAGCUGGAAGGACUCAACAGCUCAGUGGAGGUCUACCAGAACACCCAUGAAACCGCCAACAUCCCCCUCAUUGCUCUGGGUCUGAAGGAGACAAAAGAAGUUGACUUCUCUACUCUAUUCAAGGACUUCAUCUUGGAGCACUACAGUGAAGACGGGAACAGUUAUGAAGACGAGAUUGCUGACCUGAUGGACCUGCGACAGGCUUGCAGAACGCCAAGUCGAAACGAGGCCGGGGUGGACCUGCUGUCAAAAUACUUCAGCCAUCUUCCUCUGAUGGAGAGCCGAUUCUUCUCCCCAACCCACCAGACUGGCAUCUUCUUCACCUGGUACGACUCCUUCACAGGAGUGCCAGUAUGCCAACAGAACCUGUCACUGGAGAAGGCUAGCAUCCUCUUCAACAUGGCCGCCCUCUACUCUCAGAUCGGUACCCGUAGUGACCGACAGACAAUAGCCGGCCUGGAGGUGGCCAUCUCUUCCUUCCAGAAAGCUGCAGGCAUCCUGAACCACCUGAAGGAGACCUUCACCCACACUCCCAGCUAUGACAUGAGUCCAGCCAUGCUCAGUAUGUUGAUUCGAAUGAUGCUUGCUCAGGCUCAGGAGUGUUUGUUUGAGAAGACUGCACUGCCUGGGAUCCGAAACCAGUUCUAUUCCCUGAUGAAAAUGGCCCAGGAGGCUGCAAAGGUCUCAGAAAUCUACGACCAAGUCCACCAGUCCAUGAUCCAGACGCCAGUUAAAGACAAUGUCCCGUUCUUCUGGUCCACCAUGUCGCAAGUCAAAACCAACCACUACCGCUCCAUGGCACACUACUUUGUAGCCUCAGCGCUGUUGGACCACCAAUUGGGUCCCAGUGACGAUGAGGACCAGCAGGAGAAGACUUUGUCACAGGUCUAUGAUCGCCUUCCUGAGGGAGGCUCUCCUCUAGACAUCCUGAAAAGGAAAGAUGAACGUGAACGCAUUGGUAAAGCACACAUUCGGCGGGCCAUCCUGGGACAUGAGGAGGCUCUGAGGAUCUACGGUUUGUGCCACCACUUGAACAAGCUGGAUGUCCUGCAGGACAUUUUAAAAGCCAGUCACCAGCGCUCGCUCAACAAGUACAGUGAAAGUGAAAAUGAAGACGAGUUCACUGACUACACGGAAGCCCCAGACAUCAUUUCUAAAACAGAGCACAAAGCAGAGAUGGAGGUUCCUGCAACCACAAAGGUGAAAGUCACCGACUUCUUCCAGAGGCUGGGCCCCCUGUCAGUCUUCUCAGCCAAGCAGCGGUGGACAGCCCCACGGACAAUACGACUUCACCCAGAAGACAGAGACCUGGGCUUCACCCUGAAAGGAGAAACGCCAGUCCAGGUGGUUUCGUUGGACCCCCUUUGCCCAGCUGCUGCUGAGGGUCUGAAAGAGGGUGACUACAUUGUUGCCGUGGGCAAGGCAGACUGCAAAUGGAUGGGCGUGAGUGAGGUGAUGCGGCUGCUGAAGGACGUGAACGAGGAAGGGAUUGACAUCCAGGUGGUCAGCAUGAUGGACAGCAACCCUCCAAUGCCUACCAAGAGUGCCACCUUCUGCGGAAACCUUCCUAAGACCUACUCCAUGAUUUGUCUGGCCUAUGAUGACGACGACAAGAACCCCAAGUCCCGCAAAGUAACCAAGAAGUCCUCCUUCAUCAGCUGGGGUCUGAAGAACAAGCUGAAGAGCGCCAGCACCCUCAGCCUUCCCACAGCUGACCACUCCGGCGCCCAUCCGUGGAAUAAACCCUGUCCCACCUUCCCCAGCUCCAGCUCCUACAACGACAGCGCCCUCUACUGAGCUAGCUGCAGACAUUUUACUGCCUGCAAGCAUCGUGCAGUACGCAUAUUAAGCCAAGUAUGGCUGUAUACAGUACUGUGUUGUACCCAUACUGGACCUGCUGUGGCUAUGGUACAGUACCAGUGCCCUUUGGUGUUUCCACUGGAAUACUUAGCAGUAGUGUAUGUAGCUUGUAUGUCACCAUGUGUAAUCAUGACAUUUCUUCCAGCUACCUUGGAAAAUGGCUGUGCCAAAUACUGUAUAUAGGUGCUGUUGUUGGUACAUGGGCGCCUUCCCAGCACAGUUCAGUAUCUGAAGUAAACUGGACAACACACCAAACAUAAUGGGAAAUCAUUCUGUACCAUGCCAGUAUGCGUACAGCACAGUACAACUGCACUGUGGGGAAAAACAUACCAGUUAUCAGUCUAGUCUUUAUAUAUAUAUAUAUAUAUAUAUAUAUAUAUAUACCCACACACACACACACACACACAGAGCACUAAGACAGUCAUCUCAGUAUGUUUUCUUGAAGAAACGCUCCAGACGAAUUGAAGGACGAAAACAAAGUUGUACAAACACACCCAGCGUCGGUUUGAAGGCAAGGGGGUAAUUUUAUUGUGGCUUAAGCGGUCCCUUGUUAGUUCUAUUGUGUACUGGUGUAGCUGUGCACUGUGCAGUUAUGUUCUCUGUGUAUCCUCCAUGCAUGUCUGUUUCAUACUGUAUAUGUGAAGGAUUCUGUCAUUGCCACGAUAUUUGUUGCAGUCAGUAGAUGCUGAUCAGUUUUGGAGUUUGAAAUGCAUAUAUUGUCUAAAUAGAUAUGUAGAUGUUAUGAACCUUGUUGCAGUAUGUUACACAGUGAUUGAGGGAAAACAAACUGUGCUGUGCAGUCGUUUUUUGUCUUGGGAGUUGAUGAAUGCAAUGUUCUAUAAGCUGCUAAAAAAAAUUCAUAUAUAUACCUUGGUUAUGUAUUAUUGUCACUUUUGUAUUUGUGAGACAGCCUUUGAGGAUUAUUGUUUCUGCUGAAUGUCAUGCCUGGGACACAUUUUAAAUGGAAAUAUUGGUAUUUUAGGUUUGCUUAAUGUACCACUUGCCACAGACCAAAAUGCCUCCAUGUCCCUGAUAUGCCAGGAUGUACCAUUUACCAUCCUGAUUCAUCUUACCCUGUUCUGGCCCUCUUUUAUCAGUGCUGCUGCUGUCUAGCAGUUUGUCCAUUUGUAAGAAGAGCAUGAGCUGUGUGUCUCUCUGUUAAUGUGAAUCUUGAUGUAGUUAAAGGUUAUUUUGUCUCCAGAAGGGAAGAAUGUAGGCAGACUGAUCACAUUCCUGCAUCUGAACUGGACAGCCGAUCACCCAACAGCGACUUCGAUCAAAGUCCAGUCAGGUUUCUACUAUUUGUCUCCACUCGUCUUAAUCCUAGUCACAACCCACAUUUUACUGACACUUUGCAGUGUUGGACUAUCUCUUUUAUCUACAAAGUAGAUUCCUAUACACAUUUGAUAAUCAAAUUAUUUAUGUAAUAAAAAAUACACACAAAAAUAUAUAUAUUUACCUGUAAAGUUGUAGGUUUCAGAACUAGUUUGUGAAUGGUUAAGUUGUGACUUUUUGAACGUUGGAUUUCUUGGUUGGUUUCUAGGAGGAAUGUAUUUUACUAGCCUUGCUUAAUCCUUUGGUAAAUUUAUAUACUGGUACAUUUUUGUCUAUGUAAAGACAUUUAAAUGUAAAUGUUUUUAAACAGUAACACUGAGAAGAUGUAACACUCUUUACUGUCUCUGUUUACCUAAUGUGGUGUCUUAAGUGCCAAUUCUGCUAAAUCAUGAAGGAAAAUUUCACAAUAAGUGUAUAACAAGAAUGUGCAGUAAUUGAUUAAUAUUAAUAAGUGCUAACUAAAUGUGCUAACAGAGGCAUGUAUACCUACACAGAUGAUGUUGAAGACUUAACAGAUAUUUCCAUGCAUUUCACAGUGCAACAUGACCUAAAUGCCUUGGUGUAUAUGCAGAGUGUUAUUGUACCUGUUCUUCUAAAGGUUUCAGGUUGCCUUUGGUUCUUUCUCUGUACUUUGUGCUGUAUAGCAAGUGUGGUAUGAAUGCUUUGUUAGUAAGUCUUUGUGUCAUAUGUAUAAACUCAAAUCUUAAUAAAAGAAUGGGACAAAACAAA